AUGGAUCCGAAGAAGAACCGGAGGAAGCCGACGCUGGAGCGCCGGAAUGCGGCGAAGCACAUUGACUACGACGCCGCUUCCACGUCAUCCUCGCUCGACGACUCGGACUUCGCGCCGGAAGGCGAGGGAGACUUGGUCCAGAAGAGGCUUGAGUCUUCUUCUUCUUCUGCUUCUUCUUGUUGUGGCGAUGAAGAAGAAGGAGAGGUUGGAGAGGAGGGUGCCGUGGAGGCUGGGGUCAGAGAGACUGUGUUGCUCUCAGAAGGGUGUUCGUUUACGACGUCAAAUGAUGACGACUCUUCUAGCACUACCACUGUCUCUCCGAAUGAGAGGUUUUCGCCCAAUGGGAGGCUUAAGCUUAAAAUCACUCACUGGGAAAAGGGUGAGCUUCUGGGUAGUGGGUCUUUCGGGUCUGUGUAUGAAGCAAUUUCUGAUUGCGGAUGCUUCAUUGCUGUGAAGGAAGUUUCCUUGCUGGAUAAAGGAAGUCAGGGGGUGCAAAGAGUUUAUCAACUUGAACAGGAGAUUGCUCUUUUGAGUCAGUUUGAACAUCAAAACAUAGUUCAAUACUACGGAACUGCUAAGGAUGAAUCAAACCUUUAUAUCUUUCUGGAGCUUGUAGCGAAAGGCUCCCUCCAGAAACUCUAUCAGACGUAUCGUCUUACAGAUUCUCAUGUCUCUGAAUACACAAGACAGAUCCUGCAGGGUCUGAAGUAUCUUCAUGACCGAAGAGUGAUUCACAGGGACAUCAAAUGCGCAAAUAUUUUGGUGCAUGCAAAUGGUUCUGUGAAGCUCGCAGAUUUUGGAUUGGCAAAGACUAUCCAGAUGAACGACAUCAAAUCUAGCCAGGGGACUGCAUACUGGAUGGCCCCUGAGGUUGUUAAUCGGAAACACCAGGGAUAUGGGCUUCCAGCGGAUAUAUGGAGCCUUGGAUGCACUGUAUUGGAGAUGUUAACCAGACGGAUUCCUUACCCUAAUCUUGAAUGGAUGCAGGCAUUAUUUAAGAUUGGAAAGGGAGAGCCCCCUCCGGUUCCCGAUUCUCUUUCGAAAGAUGCACAAGAUUUCAUCCAUCGAUGCCUACAAGCUAAUCCAGCGAAUCGUCCUACUGCUGCUCAGCUCUUAAAUCAUCCAUUUCUUAAUAGACCCCUUACGACAUCUUCUGGGUCAGGGUCUCCUUACCAUCACCCUGGGCCGAGUUGA